AGGUGCCGCGCUGUCCGCGUUGUCUCCUCCGGAUGAGAUCGAGCCGCAGUGUCCACCGGCGAGAAGCCACCAGUGUCCCGGGCAAAGAAAGACGAGGAGGAGACCUGGGAGCGGGCGGCGGCCGGACUGGGCCGCACCGGUGCAGGCUGGCAACUCUGCUGUUCUGCCUGCUGCUGUCUCUGGGAACCGGGUGCUAGCGCUGAGGGGCCCCCAGCAGACAGCGACCCCCUUCCCCGGCUCCCCUGCCCACCCUGCCGGGGAGGGCGGAAGAUGCCGGUGAAGAAAAAGAGAAAAUCCCCUGGGGUGGCAGCGGCAGUAGCGGAAGACGGAGGACUCAAAAAGUGUAAAAUCUCCAGCUAUUGCAGAUCCCAACCCCCUGCUAGACUAAUAAGUGGAGAGGAACAUUUUUCAAGCAAGAAGUGCCUGGCUUGGUUUUAUGAGUAUGCAGGUCCUGAUGAAGUUGUAGGGCCAGAAGGAAUGGAAAAAUUUUGUGAAGACAUUGGUGUUGAACCUGAAAAUAUUAUUAUGUUAGUUUUAGCGUGGAAAUUGGAGGCUGAAAGCAUGGGAUUUUUUACCAAGGAAGAAUGGUUAAAGGGAAUGACUUCAUUACAGUGUGACUGCACAGAAAAAUUACAGAAUAAAUUUGACUUUUUGCGCUCACAGCUGAAUGAUAUUUCGUCGUUUAAGAAUAUCUACAGAUAUGCCUUUGAUUUUGCAAGGGAUAAAGAUCAGAGAAGCCUCGAUAUUGAUACUGCUAAGUCUAUGUUAGCUCUUCUGCUUGGGAGGACAUGGCCACUGUUCUCAGUAUUUUACCAGUACCUGGAGCAAUCAAAGUAUCGUGUUAUGAACAAAGAUCAGUGGUACAAUGUAUUAGAAUUCAGCAGAACAGUCCAUGCUGAUCUUAGUAACUAUGAUGAAGAUGGUGCUUGGCCUGUUCUUCUUGAUGAAUUUGUUGAGUGGCAAAAAGUCCGUCAAACAUCAUAGCAAGAACUAUUGUGAAGAAAAUGCAAACCUUUUGGUUUCCACGUGCAUACAAGCUAAUGAGAUGAGGGGAAAAACAUCGAAAGGCUGCAUUUUCAUUCAUAUGAAAGACUUCUCAUAGUAUUUUUUUUUCCUUUUUUUUAAAGGAGGGUUUCUUGU